AUGUGGUUGCUCCAGACGACCACUGCGACUCUGACACAGUUCGCUGAUAUAUCUGCGGUGCCGGGCGGCUACGCCAUCCUAUCCCACACGUGGAAGAGGUCCGGGGAACAGUCUUUUCGUGAAUUGCAAGACAUCAUUCGGCGCUGCAAGAAAGACGACUCCAACGCUCGAGACCACGUAUCGGAGAAGAUCGAGAGCUGCUGUAUUCAGGCCGAGAAGGACGGGUACGAAUGGGUCUGGAUCGACACUUGCUGCAUCGACAAGGACUCCAGCACCGAGCUCUCCGAGGCCAUCAACUCCAUGUUCACCUGGUACCUCCACGCCGAGGUGUGUUACGCCUACCUUUCCGACGUCCCAUCGCGCGACCACCCCCGCGACUGGCUCUACGACUUCAUCCGUGCGCGCUGGCACUCGCGCGGCUGGACGCUGCAAGAGCUCCUCGCCCCCGCGCUCGUCGUGUUCUUCUCCGCAGACUGGGAGGUGAUCGGCACCAAGGAUGAGCUUGCAAACAUCCUAUCCGUGAUCACGGCCAUCCCUUCGUCCGUUCUCACCCGACAGACGUCCAUCUUCAGCCUGCCGAUCGCCACACGCAUGACGUGGGCAGCUCACCGCGAAACGACUCGCAUUGAGGACGAGGCGUACUGCCUGCUCGGCAUCUUCGACAUCAAUAUGCCGACUCUGUAUGGGGAGGGCGCACGCGCGUUCUACCGCCUUCAGCAAGAGAUCGCGAAGCAGUCACCGGAUACCACACUUUUCGCAUGGGGCGACCGACACACCGAUCGAGAAGACAAGAUAGAGAUGAAGGUCGAAGUAGACCAUCUCUCAGCCGAGAGCUCCCGCGAUCUCAACAUAUGGGAAGAUGCCUCAAAGCACUUCUUGUUCGCACCGUCGCCUCGUAACUUCAGAUAUGUUCUCGGUGCAUCAAUGUCCUUCACGCCCCGAGUUUCUGGCCAGGCGGUUCUACAACCCUAUACGGUCGCACAUUGCAGUGAUCGCGAGGACGGGAAAACACGCAGCGCAGUCGGCCCCUUCGGCCCAGGCUACGAUCUUCCCAGCUUCGAGAUGACCAAUCUCGGCAUGAAGUGCUGUCUUCCGCUUGCGGAGGUAAACGGCCACACCAUCGCCGUCCUCUUCUGCGAGACCAACAGGGACCACGUCGGCCUCCUCCUCAACCCCGUCUCUCCCGACCAUGCGUGUUCACGCCAAACGUACCACGUCGGCGCGCGCUGCAGCUUCCCCUCCAAAUAUACCAAGCGCUACAUCCGAGUCGUGCACCUCGGCGCGGACUUCCACAACCUCUCCUUCCGCGGGACGACCUUCCGGGCCGCGUGGCGCGAGUUCUACAUCGCGACCGCCCCUCCCAUCGCCUCCGCACACAGCAUCCUCGGGCUCGCGUCCGACCGCGUUCCUGGCAUCCCCUUCCGAAUCCCGCGCUGGCUCUUCCGCGUCUUCACGGGCCUAGAGCUGUUCCCGGAGUCGACGAUCACGACCGGAGCGGAUGGGCCGCCCGUUAAAGUCGUCAGAUUCGCAAACACGAACAACUUCGUGAACACGACGAUGAUCCUCGUCCUCGGGACGCUCCGGGCGUUCUUGGACAUGUCCGUCACCAACCACUCGGGGGCCGUUCGGGCGGACGGGCUGGGCGCCCACGCCUGCCCGGACGACCACGUCGCCUUCUGGCCCGGGUGGACGCGGGAGUUCGAGGCGUCGCACGGCGUGCACCACGUGCGCCUCUCGUUCUCGCGCUGCCCCCACGAUCCGGCCGCGACGCGGGUGCUCCACGCGGAGCUGCGCACUGCGCUCUACCCCGCCUCGGUCGUCGUCCCUCCGCGGGUGCCGCUCUCUGCGGAGGACCGGGCGGCGUCAGAGCGGUCGCGGGAGGAGAAGCUCGGGAGCACGAGGGCGAUGGAGGAGGCGAGCGUCACGUCCACGCCCCCAGCUGAAGGUGGACGGAAGCGUGCGCGCGAGGACGAUCCGGGGGACGAUACGCGUAGGGCCACCCGCUUCCGCAGUGGAUCGUCGCCUGUGCCCGACGCGUCGCAAGAUCCAGGGGAAUCCCGUUGA